AUGUCUUUCCUUAUUGUUGUUGUUGCUGUACUCAUACCAUGGAGCUGGUGCGGCCCGGCAGACAUGUUGAUGUGUUACUUCCAGAGCGCAUCUCGUCACAGAGCAGCCCACCUUGCCAGGUUUGAGGUGGAGCAUAUAGACUUCAGCCUGUGUACACACUAUAUUUAUGCCAGCGCGAAGAUUAACAACGAUACUCAUGAAAUUGCAUCCAGCGAUCCCCAAGCAGAAGAAGGACCCACUGGUCUGUACAGAAGGUUUGUAGACGGGAAGAAAACAGUGCCUUCGAUAAAGACAAUGAUAUCCGUUGGAGGUGUAGAAAACAGCCCAGUUUCAAUGUUUUCCCGUCUGGGACAGAACAGCGAACACAUCAAUCAGUUUGCCAACUCCGUGGUCCGUUUCUUGGUCCUGCAUGGAUUUGAUGGUCUUGACUUCGACUGGGUUUAUCCUUCUAAUGCAACAGAUAAGAUUGCACAUUCUAAUAUUCUCCAGGCUUUACACCGUGUGUUCAGUCAGCAUACACAGGGAAAGCUGCUUCUGACAGCAACCGGUCAUGCUUUCGAGCUAGCGAUACAAAGUGGAUAUGAUCCUGUAGAAAUGGCCAA